UCACGCCGGCAAGGCGGAAGCGGUGCUGUCCGGGGUCGGCGGUUGCCGAGCGGAGCGGACGCGGCUGGACCCGAGCUGCCGCCCCGCGCCCGCUGGGGGCCGCCGCCAUGUCGCUGCUGCAGUCUGCGCUGGACUUCCUGGCGGGCCCGGGCUCCCUGGGCGGCGCUGCCGGCCGCGACCAGACUGACUUCGUGGGGCAGACGGUGGAGCUGGGGGAGCUGCGGCUGCGGGUGCGGCGGGUCCUGGCCGAGGGAGGGUUUGCAUUUGUAUAUGAAGCUCAAGAUCUGGGAAGUGGCAGAGAGUAUGCAUUAAAGAGACUAUUGUCCAAUGAAGAGGAAAAGAACAGAGCCAUCAUUCAGGAAGUUUGUUUCAUGAAAAAGCUUUCUGGCCAUCCCAAUGUUGUCCAGUUUUGUUCUGCAGCUUCAAUAGGAAAGGAAGAGUCGGACACUGGGCAGGCCGAGUUCCUGCUGCUCACCGAGCUCUGCAGAGGACAGCUGGUGGAGUUUUUAAAGAAAGUUGAGUCUAAAGGUCCGCUCUCAUGCGACACCAUCCUGAAGAUCUUCUAUCAGACGUGCAGGGCGGUGCAGCACAUGCACAGGCAGAAGCCACCCAUCGUCCACAGAGACCUCAAGGUUGAAAACUUGCUGCUUAGCAACCAGGGGACCAUUAAGCUGUGUGACUUCGGCAGUGCCACGACCACAUUGCACUACCCGGACUACAGCUGGAGUGCCCAGAAGCGGGCCCUGGUGGAGGACGAGAUCACCAGGAACACAACACCCAUGUACAGGACGCCAGAAAUUGUGGACUUGUACUCGAACUUCCCGAUCAGCGAGAAGCAGGACAUCUGGGCUCUGGGCUGCAUCUUGUACCUGCUGUGCUUCGGGCAGCACCCUUUUGAAGAUGGGGCAAAACUUCGAAUAGUCAACGGGAAGUACUCAAUCCCUCCUAACGACACCCGCUACUCCGUGUUCCACGGCCUCAUCCGCGCCAUGCUGAAGGUCAACCCAGAGGAGCGGCUGUCCAUCACGGAGCUGGUGAACCAGCUCCAGGAAAUUGCAGCGGCCAGGAACGUGAACCCAAAGUCACCCAUCACCGAGCUCCUGGAGCAGAAUGGAGGCUGUGGGAAUGCUGCCCUGUCCCGAGGGCUGCACCCUCCUGGGGGCCCGACAAGCAGCAGCUACAGUGGAGGCCUGGUGGUUGCCGAGUAUGACCAGCCCUACGGUGGACUCCUGGACAUCUUGCGUGGGGGCACUGAGCGCCUCUUCACAAACAUCAAGGACACCUCCUCCAAGGUCAUCCAGUCUGUCGCCAAUUAUGCAAAGGGAGAUUUGGACAUAUCUUACAUCACAUCCAGAAUUGCUGUGAUGUCCUUCCCAGCGGAAGGUGUGGAGUCGGCCAUCAAAAACAACAUAGAGGACGUGCGGCUGUUUCUGGACUCCAAGCACCCAGGACAUUAUGCGGUCUACAACCUGUCCCCGAGGAUGUACCGGCCCUCCAAGUUUCACAACCGAGUCUCCGAGUGCGGCUGGGCGGCCAGGCGAGCCCCAAGCCUUCACAGCCUGUACAGCAUUUGUAGGAACAUGCACUCCUGGCUCCGGCAGGACCACAAGAACGUCUGCGUCGUGCACUGCAUGGAUGGGAGAGCCGCGUCCGCUGUGGCCGUCUGCUCCUUCCUAUGCUUCUGCCGACUCUUCAGCACCGCAGAGGCUGCCGUGUACAUGUUCAGUAUGAAGCGCUGCCCGCCGGGCAUCUGGCCAUCCCACAAAAGGUACAUCGAGUACAUGUGCGACAUGGUGGCAGAGGAGCCCAUCACACCACACAGCAAGCCAAUCCUGGUGAAGGCUGUGGUCAUGACGCCGGUGCCGCUGUUCAGCAAGCAGAGGAACGGCUGCAGGCCCUUCUGCGAGGUGUACGUGGGCGACGAGCGCGUGACCACCACGUCCCAAGAGUAUGACAGGAUGAGGGAUUUUAAAAUCGAGGAUGGCAAAGCAGUCAUUCCCCUGGGCAUAACAGUCCAAGGAGAUGUGCUCAUUAUCAUCUAUCACGCCAGGUCCACCCUGGGAGGAAGGCUGCAGGCCAAGAUGGCAUCCAUGAAGAUGUUCCAGAUCCAGUUCCACACUGGGUUUGUGCCUCGGAACGCAACUACUGUGAAAUUCGCAAAGUAUGACCUGGACGCUUGCGACAUUCAGGAGAAAUACCCGGAUUUAUUCCAAGUGAACCUGGAAGUGGAGGUGGAGCCCAGAGACAGGCCUAGCCGGGAGGCCCCACCCUGGGAGAGCGCGAGCCUGAGGGGGCUGAAUCCCAAAAUCUUGUUUUCUAGCCGGGAGGAGCAGCAAGACAUUCUGUCUAAAUUUGGCAAACCGGAGCUCCCCAGGCAGCCUGGCUCCACCGCGCAGUACGACGCUGAGGCGGGGUCUCCAGACACUGAGCCCACGGAGUCCGACUCGCCGCAGAGCAGCAGCGCAGACACCCCCCACUUCCUGCACACACUGGACUGGCACGAAGAGAGAGACUCAGAGACGGACCCAGGCAGUAACAUUGCCAAGGAGAGUCAGUCUGCCCCCACUGAGGAUGGAGGAGAGAGUGAGCCGUCUGACGAGGAGGCAGUGCCGUCCUCAGCUGAGAGCAGGGAGCUGCCCGAUGAGGACUCAUCAGGCCCACCAGCAAGGACGCAAGAGUCAGAGUUGAUAUUUGAUGUGGAUGCACCAGCCGCGCCACAGGAGCCCGCGCUGCAGGAGGAUGGUGUCGACCUCCUUGGGCUGCACUCCGAGGCGGGUCUGGCGCCCCCUCUGCAGACCUGUAAUGUUCCCCCCAGCAAUGCUGACCUGCUCAGCUGCCUCCUGGGGGCCCCUGUGGCUGCUCCAGGGAGCUCCCCGGGUGACCUGCUUGGCAGUGAGGUCCCCCCGCUCUUUGCAAGCCCGGCUCCUCCCCUGAGUGCACGGAGCACACCUCGAGAGGAGCCUGCUGUGUCUGCUGACCCCUUUGACCCUCUCCUGCUGCCCGCUGAUCCAGAUGCCCAGCCCAGCUCCAAGCCUGAUCUCUUUGGCGAAUUUCUAAAUUCGGACUCUCUGGCCGCCCCGUCCGCAUCCUUCCCCUCCACCCACAGCGCCCCGCCCCCAGCCUGCAGCCCUGACUUCCUGCACCUGGGGGAUCUGCCAGCAGAGCCCGGCAAGAUGGCAGCUUCAACCAGCCACCCAGAUCUGCUGGGAGGAUGGGAUGCCUGGGCCGAAGCUCCAGCCCCCACACCAGCCACAGAAGGCCCCCUCCUCGCUCCUGGAGGCCAGCCGGCCCCUCCCGGUCCCUCAGCCAGCCGGACCAAGUCUCAGAGCCUGGACCCAUUUGCAGACCUCGGUGACCUCAGUCCCGGCCUCCCAGGCUCAACCGCUGGAUUUGCUCCUGGAGCCUUCGGUCCCAAAGCAGCCCCCCCGCCCAAGGGUGGUGGUUCCUGGCAGACGAGUCGGCCCCCAGCCCAGGGUGCCCCGUGGCCCCCCCAGGCUAGGCCUCCCCCCAAAACCUCUGCACAGCCGAGGCCUAACUACACCACGAACUUCAGCGUGAUCGGCGGCCGAGAGGAGAGGGGCGUCCGCGCCCCCAGCUUUGCUCAAAAGCCCAGAGUGUCGGAGAAUGACUUUGAAGACCUGUUGUCCAAUCAGGGCUUCUCCUCCAAGUCUGACAAGAAGGGGCCGAGGACCAUCGCCGAGAUGAGGAGGCAGGACCAGGCGAGGGACACAGAUCCGCUCAAGCUGAAGCUGCUGGACUGGACUGAGGGCAAGGAGAAGAACAUCCGAGCCCUGCUGUCCACGUUGCACACCGUGCUGUGGGACGGCGAGAGCCGCUGGACGCCCGUGGGCAUGGCCGACCUGGUGACUCCUGGGCAGGUGAAGAAGCAGUACCGCCGCGCCGUGCUGGUGGUCCAUCCGGACAAGGCCGCAGGGCAGCCGUACGAGCAGUACGCCAGGAUGAUCUUCAUGGAGCUGAGCGACGCCUGGGCCGAGUUCGAGAGUCAGGGCUCCCGGCCCCUCUUCUGAGCCCACAGUGGACGUGGCUGCAUGUGUGGCUUGUGGAGGCAGAAGCUGCUGGGCUCGACCACAAGGGUCGUGGCCAUGGCAGCGGCAGCAUGGGCUGACAUGGCUGCUGCACCCAGAUGGACAUGCCUGCCACCCUCGGUGGACCCGAGCCAGUGCUGUCCCAGCACAAGGAGAGAGCAUUCCAAAGCCUGCUUUUUCCUUCAUUUUUCUAUCCGAAAGGAAAAGCGUUGAUCACACUCUUCCCACCAUCAUCACAGUCACAGUCUGUGAUCCUUUGUUCAGUGACUGUCACCUCGAGAGCAUCUGCUCGCCGUAGUGCGCGCUGCUCAGCUGUCCUUUCUUGAAUCCCGUUCAUGGACGUUCACAUCUCCCAUGUGUAACCAGCCUGGCGACCCCUGCACGUCAUUAAACUAUUUUCUGACGUCUCGUCUUGACGCGGCAUCGUCGUCUCCAUGGUUCCCUGCCAUCGUCUGGCUCAUCCUGGCUCUGCCCACGAAGACGCAGUGCAGGGACCCCACCUCGGAGAGUUGGGCUCCUUGACCUCUGGGGCCUCCAGGGCGGCCUCUGCCAGCGGCCUGGGCUGGUUGUCCCACACAGCGGGAAGUCUGGGCCGUCUGAAGACAGAGUGGAUACACCACAGCUUUGAGUCUGGGGCUUGGUCCUCACCAGGCGCUGGGCCUGCACUAUGGUCAUUGCACGUGGCCAAGGCAGAUGGACGUGGUGCAGAUGCCCAGACGCCGGCCUGUGUGGACUGGACACCCCCCGUGUCCCACUGAGUCCCUCCUCGGAGCAGGGUGGACACAGGGCCCUAGUUUUCUGUUGUUCAGGGAAUUUAAAGCAAAAAGCAACUUUCUUUGAUUAAAGGCUGUUGGAGAAACACUGGCUGCUCAGUGUCACAUGGGUGGAGGUGUGGCUGCUGAGGCCGUGCAUGUGCAGCCCCCGUGGUCUGCCAGCUCACAGGACGACCCAUCAGGACAAAUGACAGCAAUUACACAGUUCCAGCUUCUGGUCAGAAGUGACUUUCUGAGCUCUCAGUGGGUCUGUCUACGGGCCCAGCCUGCUCCUGGCCGCCCGGCACUGUGCUGGCCUGAGCCCUGGAGAUGCAGCUUGCCCGGCAGCUUUGGGAGGCAGGUGGGGCGACGGGACCUCGACCCUCGUCCUGGAGGUGACAGCAGUGUGGCCGGGCCCUACCCAGGCCGCCGUCAGUCCUGGUCAACCCAUGUGCUGCCUCUCGUUUACCCAGAAUGUAAGCUGUUGAACCAAACGUGAUCCAAGUGGAAUUCAGUGGGAUUGCAGAACAUGUCCUGAGAGGUGAGGUCCCACCGCUCAUCUCUCCGGGUAGUGUGCAAGUUGUUGACUUUGAACUCGGAGUGUGUAGACGCCUGCAACCCAGGCAGGUGUCCUCAAAUAAAGGCCUGGCCUCAGGAGCGUC